AUAGUCUUCGUAACAAAUACCACAAAAAUUUCAUAUCAUGGGAAGUUUAGAUGCCAAACCAGCUGGAACACAAGAACCUGACAUCAAUGAUCAAGCUCAACUAUGGAAUAUAAUCUAUGGUUUUCGUGGUUCUCUUGUUCUUCGUUGCGCAGUAGAGAUUGGAAUUGCAGAUAUUAUCAAAAACAAUAAUGGGUCAAUCACACUUGCACAGCUUGCAUCAAAACUUUCAAUUCCAAAUGUCAAUUCUGAUCACUUGUACAGAAUACUGAGAUUCUUAGUACACAUGAAUAUUUUGGAACAUGAAAUUUGUAAUGGUGGAGUUGAUAAGGUUUACUCACUUAAACCAAUUGGUACUUUACUUUUAAGAGAUGCAGAAAGAAGUAUGGUACCAAUAAUAUUAGGCCUAACUCAUAAAGAUUUCAUGGUUCCAUGGAAGUUUAUGAAAGAAGGUUUAGCAACUGAAGGUACAACAGCAUUUGAGAUAGCUAUGGGAAUGCCAAUAUGGAAGUUUUUAGAAGGUCAUCCUGAUCAAAGUCAGUUAUUUAAUGAAGAAAUGGCUGGAGAAACAAGACUUUUAACUAGAACUCUAUUUGAAGAUUGUAAAGAUAUUUUUCAAGAUUUGGAUUCUCUGGUUGAUGUUGGUGGAGGAAAUGGCACAACAAUUAUGGCAAUCUAUGAAGCUUUUCCUCAUAUUAAAUGUACGCUUAACAUAGUUGACAAAUGCAAUUAAUUCAUUUGAAAAGUAGCUCAAAAUAACAACUGCCACUUGGUUCGCAAAUUAAAAAACUAAUCAUGAAAGUAAAAUAAAAAGAAUCAGAUGCUUUCAUAUAGUAUAUAUAAACGUAUAUAAUUUUAGGAUAUGCUAAGACUUUCUCGGCAUGGAGGCGUCAUCUAAGCUCAGAUCCGCUUCUUUGAGUUCGGAUCCGAAUCUGGAUGCAUUCUUUUAUAGUUUUAUGUUAGAGAUAAUAUUCUGUAAAAAAAAUAUUUCGAUGUUUUGAUUGCUUUCUGAUUGACAAU